AUAUGGCAGAAGGUCAGAGCACAAUAUCCAAGAAUUGCAAAACUGAGAGGGCAGAAUCACAAUGUGCGGAAAAAGUUGAGGGAAAUGAUUUGUACAAAGAUCUAAAUUCAUCUCAGUGGCCCAUAGUUUACAGUCCAGAUUACAACAUCAGCUUUUUUGGCCUACAAAAACUUCAUCCAUUUGACUCAGGAAAAUGGGGCAGAGCUGUCGCAUUUUUAGUAGAGAGUGGUAUACUGAAGAAUCAAAAUUUUAUAAGCCCCGUUGAAGCUAGUGAGGAAAAUUUGCUGGAAGUUCACACAAAGGAAUACCUUGAUAGUCUGAAGUGGUCCUGGAAAGUUGCCGCAGUUACAGAAGUACCUCCAGUUGCUCUCUUGCCAAACUUUAUUGUCCAAAGAGUUAUGUUAAAACCACUUAGGUUGCAAACGGGUGGAACUAUUUUGGCUGGCAAACUGGCCAUUGAUAAAGGAUGGGCAAUAAAUAUUGGAGGAGGUUUUCAUCAUUGUCGAAGUGACGAAGGUGGAGGAUUCUGCGCCUAUGCUGACAUCACUUUAUCAAUUCACUUUUUAUUCAAGAGUUUUCAAUCGAUUUCAAAAGCUAUGAUAAUAGACCUUGAUGCUCACCAGGGCAAUGGCCAUGAACGAGAUUUUAUAGAUAAUCCUGAUGUUUAUAUCAUGGAUGUAUACAAUUUUGGAAUAUAUCCUCGGGACAUUUAUGCAAAAAGGGCGAUUCGGAAAAAAGUUGAGUUAAGACAUGAAACAGAUGACGCUACGUAUCUUCCCCUCGUUGAACGUAACGUAAACGAGGCUCUGAGUGAAUUUCAUCCUGAUAUCAUCAUUUACAACGCAGGAACUGAUAUUCUCGAAGGUGAUCCUCUUGGAAACUUAGCAGUAACUGAGCAGGGUAUUAUACAAAGGGAUGAAAUUGUGUUCAAAUCAGCCAGAGAAGGUGGUAUACCAAUUUUUAUGGUCACAUCUGGCGGGUAUCAGAAACGAACUGCAAAAGUGAUAGCAAAUUCAAUUUUAAAUCUGCACUCGAAAGGCCUAAUUACUUCCAGUUAUCCCGAGCUCCAAUCUGUUCUGUGACCAUAACGAGAUCGACCUAUGCGAAUCAGACGUGUAAGGCAAGUACAUUACGAUUACGUGGUGUGUGAUACUGUAUAGAUGCUACUACUCAUAAAAGUCAGCAAA